AUGGCUGGCAUCAAACGUCGUCUCAUGAUUCCCUUGUCGACGACACUACUGAUCUUCGUCGCUCUUGUUCGUGAGUCCGUCGCUGCCGGGGAUGGCCAGGGCUUCAUCUAUUCCGGCUUCGCCGGCACAGACAUCAUGGUGGCCGGGCUGGCCGCCGUGGAGCCAAACGGGCUCCUCCAGCUGACCAACGGCACGGUCCAGCUCAAAGGCCAGGCGUUCCAUCCGUCCCGGCUGCGGUUCCGCGACUCCGACGCAGUGAACGGCACGACGGUGCGGUCAUUCUCAGCGUCCUUCGUGUUCGCCAUCCGCUCCAUCGCGCCGGGCGUGAGCGCGCACGGUCUCACCUUCUUCGUCUCCCCGACCAACAACCUCACGGCCGCCUUCUCCAACCAGUUCCUCGGCCUCUUCAGCAAGAGGAACAACGGCAACGCGAGCAACCACAUCUUCGCCGUCGAGUUCGACACCGUCCAGAGCAACGACAUGCUGGACAUGAACGACAACCACGUCGGCAUCGACAUUAACGGCCUCACCUCCGUGAAGGCCUCAAGUGCCGGUUACUACGACGACGCCAACGGCACCUUCUACAACCUGACACUAGCCUCCUUCGACGCGAUGCAAGCGUGGGUGGAGUACGAUGGGAUCAGUAAGGAGAUCGCCGUGACCUUGGCUCCUCUGGGCAUGGCCAGGCCCAGGAGGCCAUUGCUCAAAACCACCUACGACCUCUCGCCUGUUCUCGAGGAUCAAUCCUACGUCGGCUUCUCGUCGUCGACCGGCAUCCUCGAGUCGCGUCACUACGUGCUCGGGUGGAGCUUCGGCAUGGGCCGUCCAGCUCCGGCCAUCGACGCCACCACGCUGCCCAAGUUGCCCCGGUUGGGCCCAGAGCCUCAAUCCAAGCUCCUGGUCACCGUCUUGCCCAUUGCCACCGGAACAUUGGUCUUGGCUAUCGUCUGUCUAGCAAUCGUUUUGCGGCGGAGGCAGCUGCGAUACGCGGAGCUACGCGAAGACUGGGAGGUUGAGUUUGGGCCGCAGCGGUUCUCCUACAAGGAUCUUUUCAAGGCGACGGAGGGCUUCAAGGAGAAGCACCUGCUCGGAAUCGGGGGCUUCGGGAGGGUGUACAAGGGGGUGCUCCGGAAGUCCAAGGCGGUGGUCGCCGUGAAGAAGGUGUCGCACGAGUCGAGGCAGGGCAUAAGGGAGUUCAUCGCCGAGGUGGUUAGCAUGGGCCGGCUCCGGCACAAGAACGUCGUGCAGCUGCUCGGGUACUGCCGGCGCAAAGGGGAGCUCCUGCUCGUCUACGACCACAUGCCCAACGGCAGCCUCGAUAAGUACCUGCACGGUCCACCGGGCAAUAAUCUGACCUUGGACUGGUCUCAGAGAUUUCACAUCAUCAAGGGCGUCGCCGCUGGGCUGCUGUACCUCCACGAGGACUGGGAGCAGGUGGUGAUCCACCGGGACAUCAAGGCCAGCAACGUGCUCCUCGACGGCGAGAUGAACGGCCGGCUGGGCGACUUCGGCCUCGCCAGGCUCUACGACCACGGCACUGAUCCGCAGACCACGCACGUGGUGGGCACCAUGGGGUACAUCGCGCCCGAGCUGGCGCGCAUGGGCAAGGCCUCCACCCUCACCGACGUCUUCGCCUUCGGGGUGUUCCUCCUCGAGGUCACCUGCGGGCGGAGGCCCAUAGAGCAGAAGGAGUUCCAGGAGUGCCCGGUCUUGUUGGCCGACCUGGUCCUCCAGCAAUGGCGUGAUGGAUCGCUCGCCGAUCUGGUCGAUGAGAGGCUCCAGAACAACUAUAAUUUCGACGAAGCGUGCCUAGCGUUGAAGCUCGGGCUGCUGUGCUCGCACCAGCUGCCAUGCACAAGGCCGUGCAUGCGGCAGGUCGUGCAGUAUCUCGAUGGCAACGCGCCGUUUCCGAACCAGAUGCUGGAGGAGGUAACGUCAAAUUACAGAGGGCCGGAGCCGUGCGUCGCGUCUUCCCCGCCGCCGUCAACGAGUUUCGGCACGAUAUCUAUUGACCUCAUGAUCUCAGGAGGAAGAUGA